AUGGGGAACAGUGCAAUCAAAGCCCAUCUGGAAAACUCGCAGAAGACCGGGAUCUUUCAGCUGACAGGGAAAGGUCUCCCCGAGGUAGGAGGGACACACACACAGAGCCUAUUGUAUAGUCUGCUUGUUAAAAUGUCAGCACUCCACAGCAGUCUUAACUGGUCCUUCGUUUAUUUAGCUGAAUUCCAUUCAGUUGUUAUCUUGGGCAGUUUGAAUGUAUGUAUACUGAACAAAAAUAGAAACACAACAUGUAAAGCGUUGGGCCUAUGCUUCAUGAACUGAAAUACAAUUCCACCAAUUUGUUUACAUCCCUGUUAGUGAAAAUGUUUUGCCAAGAUAAUCCACCCACCUGACAGGUGUGGUAUACCAAGAAGCUGAUUAAACAGUAUGAUCAUUACACAGGUGCACCUUGUGCUGGGGACAAUAAAAGGCCACUCACACAACACAAUGCCACAAAUGUCUCAUGUUUUGAGGGAGCGUGCAAUUGGCAUGCUUACUGCAGGAAUGUCCACCAGAGCUGUUGCCAGAGAAUUGAAUGUUAAUUUCUCUACCAUAAGCUGCAUCCAACGUCGUUUUAGAGAAUUUGGCAGUACGUCCAACCGGCCUCACAACCGCAGACCACGUGUAACCAUGCCAGCCCAGGACCUACACAUCCGGCUUCAUCACCUGCGGAAUCAUGAGGCCAGCCACUCGGACAGCUGAUGAAACUGUGGAUUUGCACAACUGAAGAAUUUCUGCAUAAACUGUCAGAAACCGACUCAGGGAAGCUCAUCUGCGUGCUCGUCGUCAUCACCAGGGUCGUAACCGACUUCAGUGGGAAAGUGCUCACCUUCGAUGGCCACUGGCACGCUGGAGAAGUGUGUUCUUCACGGAUGUUUCAACUGUACCUGGCAGAUGGCAGACAGCGUGUAUGGCGUGUGGGCGAGCGGCUUGCUGAUGUCAACGUUGUGAACAGAGUGCCCCAUGGUGGCGGUGGGGUUAUGGUAUGGGCAGGCAGAAGCUACGGACAACAAACACAAUUGCAUUUUAUCGAUGGCAAUUUGAAUGUAUAGCGAUACCCUGACGAGAUCCUGAGGCCCAUUGUUGUGCCAUUCAUCUGCCGCCAUCACCUCAUGUUUCAGCAUGAUAAUGCACUGCCCCAUUUCGCAGGGUCUGUACACAAUUCCUGGAAACUUAAAAAUGUCCCUGUUCUUUCAUGGCUUGCAUACCCACCAGACAUGUCAACCAUUGAGCAUGUUUGGUAUACUCUGGAUCGACGUGUACAACAGCGGGUUCCAGUUCCCACCAAUAUCCAGCAACUUUGCACAUCCAUUGAAGAGGAUUGGGACAACAUUCCACAGGCCACAAUCAACAGCCUGAUCAACUCUAUCUAAAGGAAAUGUGUCGCACUGCAUGAGGCAAAUGGUGGUCAAACCAGAUAAAGACUGGUUUCCUGAUCCACGCCCCUACCUUUUUUUUAAAGGUACCUUAUCUGUGACCAACAGGUGCAUAUCUGUAUUUCCAGUCAUGUGAAAGCCAUAGAUUAGGGCUUAAUGAAUUUAUUUCAAUUCACUGAUUUCCUUAUAUGAACUGUAACUCAGUAAAAUCUUUGAAGUUGUUGCAUGUUGCGUUUAUAGUUUUGUUCAGUGUAUUUUUUUCCCCACUAAUGUAUUUCAGUUCCCCGAGGAGCUCCAGAGGUUGACUGGAAACCUACGGACUGUAGAUCUGUCUUCCAACAAGAUCGAAGUGCUGCCUGCCGCCAUAGGAAACUUCCUUCAGAUGAAGAGUCUGACUUUAAACUGUAAUAAACUCAGUAAGUGGUUCCUACACCUCCUCGGCUUUUGUCUGAUACUACAGCAUCUGUAGAUGACAAAUUAUUAACCCUUUGAUUUCACUGAAUAAUUAAUGUCCAUUAGGUUAAUUGAUUAUUGAUGUGAAUUCCUGUGCUUCAAUCAGUCUCUUUUAGCUAUGCUAUACAUUAAGUUGGUGUGUUUGUUUUGUGCGUACAUAGCAAGUCUCCCAGAUGAAAUUGGGAAGCUUAAGAAACUAGAGACCCUUUUGCUGAACGGGAACCAACUGACGCAACUCCCUAGCACCGUAGGACAGUUGAAAGCAUUGCGCACACUCAGCCUGUCUGGGAACAAGUUCCGGGAGUUUCCUGGCGGCCUCGGCUCCCUACGACACCUGGACGUCCUGGACCUGUCCAAGAACCACAUCCAGGCUGUGCCUGCUGAGGUAGCGGCCCUGCAGGCCAUUGAGAUCAAUCUCAACCAGAACCAGGUAAUCAGGUGUUUAUGGGUGCAUCUCAAAUGGCACCCUAUUCCCUGUAUAGUGCACUACUUUUAACCAGGGACCUAAUCUAGAAUCACAUCUAUGUAAAUUAUGAUCCCAGAUUUCAGUUGUGUCUGCGGAGGUGUCCACCUGCCAGAGGCUAAAGGUGCUGAGACUGGAGGAGAACUGUCUGGAGCUUGCCUCCAUCCCUGUGUCCAUCCUCACCAACUCCCAGGUGUCUCUGCUCUCUGUGGAGGGCAACCUGUUCGAGGUGAAGAAUAUGCGGGACCUGGAAGGGUAUGAGAAG